UUCGUGCGACUAGACAAAGCGUGCAGCAAGCACACGCCCGAUUCAUUGCUACAAGUGAUACUUAGACAUACUCCUGUAGGAAAAUGAUGGAUAUCGAGAAAUUGAUUUUGCAGCUUUAUGAUAUACAAGCGGUGAAGUUUGGCAAGUUCCAGUUAAAGAGCGGCAUUUCUUCUCCGAUAUACUUUGAUCUUAGGGUGAUCGUCUCCCAUCCAACUUUGAUGAACCAGGUUUCCAGUCUGAUGUUUCAGUGCUCAAGGGAUGCUGGUUUGAAAUACGAUUUAUUAUGUGGUGUUCCGUAUACCGCCCUGCCACUGGCCACCGUCAUCUCUUCUUCCAAUAAUGUGCCGAUGCUUAUUCGGAGAAAAGAAGCCAAAGAUUAUGGUACCAAACAGAUUAUUGAAGGUGAUUACAAGAAAGGAGAAACUUGUUUAGUUAUUGAGGAUGUGGUCACCAGUGGAUCCAGUGUCUUGGAGACAGUUGAAGUUCUGAAGAAGGAAGGACUAAAGGUCACAGAUGCUAUUGUCCUGAUGGAUAGAGAACAGGGAGGCAAAGCCAAAUUGGAGGAAUUGGGAAUCCAACUUCAUUGUGUUUGCACCUUAACAAAACUUUUAGAUGUUCUUCACAAAAAUGGAAAAAUACAAGCUGAAAUACUACAGGAUGUUCACCAAUUUAUUAGAGAGAAUAAUACUUUUGUUAGCCCUGAGAAACAGUCUGUCACAUCUGCAAAGAAAACUUGUAAAGAAUUAAGUUAUGGAGCACGUGCUGAACUUGUGGACAUUCACCCUGUUGCUGCAAAACUUUUGAGGAUAAUGGAAAAGAAGAAGACAAAUCUUUGCCUAUCUGCUGAUGUGACUUCAUCGAAAGAGCUUCUUCACCUUGCAGACACUUUAGGCCCUCAUAUUUGUAUCCUUAAGACUCACAUUGAUAUAUUGCAUGAUUUUCAGUCCAUUGUUACUUCAGAGCUUAAUGCACUGGCAGAUAAGCAUGAGUUUUUGAUUUUUGAAGAUCGGAAAUUUGCAGACAUUGGAAACACUGUUAAACAUCAGUAUGAAGAGGGUUUGUAUCGGAUUUCCUCUUGGUCUCACAUUGUAAAUGCACACGUGGUCCCUGGUCCUGGAGUUGUGAAAGGUUUAAGAGAAGUUGGGCUUCCCCUUAAUAGAGGAUGUUUGCUUAUUGCUGAAAUGAGCUCUCAGGGAUCCUUAGCUGUAGGUGACUACAGCAAAGCAGCUGUUAAAAUGGCUGAGGAAUAUUCCAACUUUGUUUUUGGCUUUAUCUCUGUUUCAAAGAUGACAAAUAACCCAAAGUUUCUCCAUAUGACUCCUGGGGUUCAGAUGCAGUUAAGCGGAGACAAUCUGGGUCAACAGUAUCUGACACCAGAAGAAGUGAUUGAUAAAAAGAGGUCAGAUAUCAUCAUUGUAGGAAGAGGCAUUUUAACAGCACCAGGUCGACUGGAGGCAGCGCAGGCCUAUAAAACAGCAGGCUGGGAGGCUUAUCUUAAAAGGCUUACAAAGGCUCCUUCAUCAGAAGACUGAAAGGGAAAAGGCACAACAUGCAAACUUCUGUAUAUGCAUCUUUAAAACAAAAUUUAAAAGCAACAAAUAUUAAAAUCUCAAGUUAAAUCAC